UUCAAUGGGUCAAAUGUUCCACAUCCAGCCCUCCUGUGGUAAGUACGGCUGAGGAAAUGCACCUGUCAUGGAAAAUGUGGAGAGGCGCUCCUGCCCGGCGGCUGCAAACUUUUCUUAUCUUCCGGUACUCGGGACUCCUCCAGCGCACAAAGUCAACAGGUUUUUGGAGACAGGAGGCAAAAGAAGAAGCCAAGUGGGAAAGGCAGGGCUCUGCUGCACACAAAGACCGAGAUCUUUUCGAUGCCAGUUAACCUGCGCUGAGGGUUCAUGGUCAAAGGCACGAUGCCCGAGGUCGCUGACAUGAUCAACCUGGGCUUCCUGUCUGACUCUGAGCGGGACCUGAUCCUGGAGGUGCUGCAGCGGGACGAGGAGCUGAGACAGGCUGAGGAGCAGCGUGUGCGGAGUUUGAAGACAGAGUUGCUGGAUGUGAAGAGGAGGGGGGCCAAACGUGGCAGUGGAAGAUACAGCGAUCGUAGUUGUGGCAGAUGUCAGCAGCCUCUGAGUCGACUGACUGUUUUCUCCAGCCAGUGUAAGAUUUGUAACCACCAUGUGUGCAACAACUGCCGAACAGUCCUCCCCGAAGGAUCCUGGCUGUGCAACGUGUGCGCCAAAGAGUCGGAUCUAAAGAAAAGGACAGGUGACUGGUUCUACGAUCAAAGGAUCAACCGGUUCUCCAUGACGCCUGGACACGACCUCGUGAGAGCCUCCCUGAAAAAGAAACCUCAGGGGAAGAAGCGUGAGACAACGGGAGAAAUUCUGUUGAGAAGUACUGAAAUAAAACCAGAUCCUCCUGUUCCUGUGCCACGGGUCAAGCAGACAACUCAGAUAACAGAUGACAAAGGUCCUUUAAACGAGAAUUCAGGAUCGAUUGCGUCAAAGGAAUCAUUUGAAUCAAAGGAGGAAGUUUGGUCAAAGUCAACACACAGUGACUCAGAGUCUGCAGAGAACAACAGUAUAAGUAGCAGUAAAACAGGCACAGUGUCCGGCCAUGUGACCCCUGAGCAACAAAGGAGAGAGAACCCUUCAGUUCCUUCCAGCCCAGCAGGGUCCACUGUUUCCAGUCUGAACGCUCCAGUCAAAGUAGAUACCUUUAGCGUUGACAGCGCCAACUUGAAAGCUAAAGAUGCCACAGAAGUAAAACAUGUCAGCCCGAGCCCGGAGAUGGAUGUCGAUAGACUCUUCAAGAAGAGCAUCAAACGAGACCCAAAACCUCCUGACUUUGUAUCGACACUGGACCUGCGUGAUGGACUUGACACAACAGAGACCUCGAUGGGCAACAGGAGCCGGUCUGUACCGUUCCUAGACAAACCGGAAGAUGGAGAGGAGGAGGAAGAUAUUGACAGCUUGGUUAGCUUUCAUAAAAGGACAAUGGCGUCAAGCUCCUACAGCCUGCAUGGCUCAAAGAGCACACUGGGCAGCAUGAUGAGCAUUUACAGCGAAGCAGGAGACUUUGACAGUGUGGAAGUGAGCGGAGACCUCGUCUUCUCUUUGAGCUACGACGAACACACCCAGAGCCUCCACGUCCUCAUCAAGGAGUGCCACGGGCUGGCCUACGGCGACGCCUCCAAGCAGCAUUCCCACCCUUACGUCAAAUGUUAUCUGCUCCCUGACAAAUCUCGCCAAAGCAAAAGGAAGACCAGCAUCAAGAGAAACACGGUCAAUCCUGUCUACAAUGAAACACUGAAGUACUCGAUCAGCCGCACUCAGCUGUUCACCCGCUCCAUCUUGAUAUCGGUCUGGCAUUACGGUCGGUUCAGCCGCAACGCCUUCCUUGGAGAGGUGGAGAUCGCUCUGGACACCCGAGACCUCGAUUCCCCGGACACGGACCGGGUGGUUCUCAUGGGGAAGUCAGCCUCUGGUGUGCAUGCUUCAGCUUUUGCUCAGUACAAAGGAGAGUUGGUGAUCUCCUUGAAGUUUGUCCCACCUAAAAAGCCAACAACCGAGAAAAGCAAAGGCAAAAAGUCUGUGACUGCUGGAGGAGAACUGCAUGUCCUUAUUAAAGAGGCAAAGAAUUUAAUUGCGAUGAAACCAGGAGACACCUCAGAUAGCUUUGUAAAAGGGUACUUGUUCCCAACUAAGGCAAAGACCACAAAGAGGAAGACUCCAGUUGUGAAGAAGAACCUGAACCCCCACUACCACCACACGUUUGUGUACAAGGAGCUGACUCUGGAGCAGCUGCAGGAGAUGUAUCUGGAGCUGACCGUGUGGGACCGAGAGGCCAUGUUGAGCAACGAAUUUCUGGGAGGAGUUCGUCUGGGCUCAAUAAAAGGCUCUGUAAAAACAGGGAAAGUGGAAGUGGAAAUGGACUCGGUUGGAGAGGAAGUCAGUCUGUGGGAGAAGAUGAUGCAGUACCCGGACUCGUGGGCAGAGGGCACUCUUCCACUGCGCUCCACUAUGGUGAAGGGCAAAUGAGAAUAGCACACAGGCCUGCAACCUCGAAAGGAAACCAGAGACUAAAAGGAGGAGAAGCUGUGGGGUCUGUGACAAAUAUGAGAUUGUGGAUUAUUAUAUUUUGGCCAUUUAAUCAGACGAGUAGCUUUUCUACUGAAGGAAACCUGCACACUGGUUGGCUGUUUGCAGACACACAGCUCACUGGCCGGCUGAACAUCUGCCUCCCUGUAUGGGGUUUAUCUUUAACACUGUCCCCCCGACUGAAGGCAGGUGUAACUGUUGGAAAUGUGCCAAAACAUCACAACACUAAACGUUGGAUUAAUUUUAAGAGCACUUAAACAGUCAUUUUAUGUUUUUAAAAUUCAGGCUGCAUGUAUUAUUGCAAUUUAAAUACAUGCACGAAACUAAUGACAGAAAAAGUGUUGUAAUGCGUCACCUUAUUAUUCUGUACAGAAUUACACAGAUACGUGGGAAACAAGUAAUUUUAAACUGGUAUUAUACAACACAUUAUAUUUAUAUUAGUUGCAUGAAAAGCCUUAUUUUAAUUGAUUAAAUUUGUCUAUUUGCUGAUUUUAUAUGUAGAUAUUUAAAUUUUAACUAUGUGUGAUCAGUCUUGUUUACCUCAAGGUUGCCGUGAAUAUUCUGAUCACCCAAUAAAAAAUGUACCAAACCCAAAGAUGUGCUUGCUCGUCCUAUCCAUCUGGAUUCAUA